ACAUAUCAACGUGCCAGCAGGAGUUUGGGAAGUAAGACGACAAGUUUGGAGUUUAGCUUCCAUUUGUUGGUCGUUAAUACUGUCGCGGUUUCUCUGCGUCAACAUUAGAGGACGGGUCAAGAAAGUCACUUUCUGCCGUUACCGAUAGACCGAACAGAAAAGUUAGCUAUGUAGUUUAGCCGCAAAGCUAAAAACAACUGCAGCUAGCUGGAGCUCUACGAGCAGCUCACGCUUCUAAAUGUAAUUGCUGUAUGGUCAGUUUAACAAGUUAGAAAUGAACAACGUGAGACCAUGGUAGUCCUGAGAGAGGGGAUGUGUCCUGGGCUGGAUGAGGAUUUAGUCCGCGACCUGCGUGCUGCUGAUGUUAAAACAGUAGAAGAUCUGGUCUCAUCUGACAUUGAGGAUCUGGCACAGAAAUGCUCUGUGUCUUACAAGGCUCUGUUUGCCAUCCGUCGAGUGCUGCUGGCCCAGCACACAGCGUUCCCUGUGUCGGGAGCUGAUCUGUACGAAGAACUAUUGAGCUCAACAGCCAUCCUCUCGACUGGAAACCCCAGCUUAGAUAAACUGCUCGAUUCUGGCUUGUAUACUGGAGAGAUAACAGAGCUGUCAGGAGGCCCAGGAACUGGAAAAUCUCAGGUGUGUUUUGCUGUGGCAGCACACAUCUCCUACCAUCUGAAGCAGAGUGUGAUAUUUAUCGAUACGACAGGAGGAUUCACUGCCAACCGCUUGCUUCAGAUGCUACAAACUGAAACAAGUAACACACAGGAGCAGAUGGAAGCUCUUCAGAGGAUCCAUGUCUUCCGCUUGUUUGACGUCUACGCUUUACUUGACUGUCUGUACGGUCUUCGUGGUGGCGGGCUUCAGCAGACGUCCGUCGGCGGUGGAUCUGUCAAGGCGGUGAUCGUGGACUCGGUGUCAGCUGUUAUCUCUCCUCUACUGGGAGGCAAACAGAAUGAAGGCAUGUCCUUGAUGAUACAAGUGGCAGGAGUUCUUAAGACGAUGGCAAAGGACUUCAACAUCGCUGCUUUGGUUACAAACCAUGUCACAAGGAGUAGCAGUGGGGAGGUGCAGCCAGGCCUAGGCGUGUCAUGGAGUCACAUCCCCAGAACCAGAGUCCUGCUGGAGCGUGUGGUGGAGAGAUCAGCGGUUUUCAGCCCCUCCAGUCUGCGCUCUGCAACACUGAUCAAGUCUUCCAGACAGCCGUGUUGCAUCAAAGGAGAGUUCGACUUGCAGUGGUGGAGUCGCUCUAAAGAAGAAACAGCGUCCUCAGGAAAGAGAAAACUUGACGAGACUGAUUCCUGAUGAGAGAAAUGCUAAUCUUCUGCCUGCAUGUUCCAUCAGAGGGGGGUACAACACGCCUCUUGCGGAUACAUUCCCAGAUCCAGUUGGAAGAGACUUUCUGGGCCUGACUGUCCUCGUCAGGUUCAGCCAGCGUGUGUGUGGCUGAGGCGGCGUCAUAGUCCGCUACCAGGUCUCC